AUAAGACGGUGUUAUCGAUGGCCCAAGCCAUCCGAAGUCGAUUUUUUGUGCAACGUUCCUCUACAAUGCAUCUCGUUACGUUGCUUUUAAUUGCUGCUUCUUUUAGUCUAAUUGAAGCUAAUUCCAUCCGCGUUAAUAACACAGGGACGGAAAAUCUGGUCUUCAUUCUUCAGGCUCUUGGACAUCCACCCAGCAACGGCACGCUAAUUGAAGCCGGUAAUUACACCGAGUUCCUGGUGCUCAACGAAUGGGAGGGCAGCUUCUACACCUACCCCGAGGAGUGCCUCGACCACCCCUGCGACUACCCCGUGACCAAAAUCAGCGUGGCCUUCGAAAAGUACAUGUUCGGCGGCUUCUACGACUUCCUCAUCGUCGACCUCAACAAAGGCUUCAACGUGCCGGCCUCCAUACGGUCGGUCAGUCGUCCGGACUGCGACGUCAUCAGCUGCGACGCUAAUCUCCUGGAGAUAUGCUCCGAGCAGGACCAGGUGGUCGAUGAAGCGGGCGAGGUGGUGGCUUGUCAGACCUCGGUUCUCAACUACCAGGAUUUUAAAGAGAGGUGCCCGAACGCGAGGGUCGACGGCGGCGACGUGGACUUGGGUGUUUGCGCUUCGAUGGAUUACGAGCUCACGUUCGGUUGAUGGGCGACCGGAGCGAUGAAGGGGAAGGAUCGACGAUGAUUUUUGUAGCAUAUGUACAUAGUUGAUUAAAAUACUGAAAAACUG